AUGCCUAAGGAGGUGAAACCUAUCUCUAUGGACCUCGCACAUCGUCGUUUCUGCCACGCAGGUGAGCAACGCGUUCGCCGCAUGCCUGGCUUCGCGGAGGGCAUCAAGUUGAUCAAGGGAUCUGCUCUCAAGUCUCCCUGUCCCCCAUGCCUUGCUGGCAAGGGUCAUCAACUUCCGUACGUUACCAACAAAUCCAUCCGCGUGCGACCAAUCGACUCUCUGCACAUUGACGUCUGGGGACCCAUCUCCAUUGUCAGCAAGGAAGGCCAGACAUACUUUAUGUCUAUCACCGACGAGGCGUCUCGUUUCUGCUGGAUCUUCCUUAUGAAGGCCCAUACGGACGUCGUCAAGUGCUACCAGGUCGUGGAAAGCUAUCUACUCACCCAGAUUGGCUACCAAGUCAAGUCUAUGCAUGGUGAUUAG